AACAAGCUUACGUCUGAGGAGAUGGCAACCCACACAACCGUUACCGUGCAACUGCCACAAGCGUCAACAGACAAUCAUCCAUGUGUAAAUCUAUUAUAUAGAGGAAGAAGAGAAGGCUACCUUGAUACCAUUGUUCCACUGUAUAGAGCAUCAAUAGAAGGAAACUGGGAAGUUGCAAAAGACAUCCUUCAGGGCGAUGGAGAAUUGGUAAAGUAUAGAAUUACUGAAAAUAAUGAAACGCCACUUCACGUUGCAGCAGCAGCGGGCCAUAGCACCAAGUUUGUGGGAAAUCUUGUGAACAUGAUGAAUGACGUGGAUGACUUUAAACUGCAGAACAGAGAUGGAAAUACAGCCUUUUGUUUAGCAGCUAUCUCAGGAAAUGUUAGCAUGGCUAAAAUUAUGAUUGAGAAGAAGAAGCUGGAACUGCGCUUAAUUUGUGGUAGUGACAAAAUGAAACCACUCUAUCUGGCUGCUUUUCAUGGAAACCAUGAUAUGGUGAAUUAUCUCUAUGGUCUUUUUAUAUCCAAUAGACAGAUGGGUACCUUGGAUUGGACAAAUGAUGACAUGGAUAACGUUUUGUUGAAAUGUGUCCAGGCUGGCAUCUUUGAUGUUGCCCUAAGAAUACUAGAGAAGAAUAAAGAACUUCCUCAAGAUAAGCAUGCAUGGAAUGUGCUACAGGUAUUGGCUCGAAAUCCUGCAGCGUUUCAUGUUAGAAGUUGGCCUAUUAUCCGUCAGAUCACAUCAACUUUGGCGUUGAUUGGUUUGGUGACCAGACCGGAAAGUAAAGCCACAACAUUACUGAAAUUACUUUGGGGAAGGAUAAUGGAAAGGUCUAAGAAGGUUAUUGAUGAAAUACUCAGAGGCCCCAUGGUUGUGGAAAAUAAUAAGGAAACAUACCCAUCUCAAAUUCUAUUUAUUGCUGCAGAAAUAAACAACACUAAAUUUUUGGUUGAGCUGAUUCGUGAGUAUCCUGAUCUUAUAUGGAAGAGAAAUGAUGAUGGACAAACAAUCUUUCAUAUUUCUGUUUCUCAUCGCCAUCACAAUAUCUACAGUCUGUUAUAUGAUAUUGGUUCAAUUAAGGAUCUGAUAACUCCUAUUACGGACCAUCAAGGCAAUAAUAUCCUUCAUUUAGUUGGACAGAAUCCGGAGAAAAAUGCUUAUGAGGACUGGGUGGCUGCUCCUUUUCAGAUUCAAAGUGAAUUCUUAUGGUACAAGGAAGUAGAGGAAAUAGUCCCUCCUCCUUGUAGAGAAGUAAGGAAUGCAGAAGGAAAAACACCCGAAGAACUAUUCAAAGAGAGCCACAAGGAUCUAGUUAUCCGUGGUAUGCAGUGGAUAAAUGAAACAAUUAAUCAAUCCAUGGUGGUAGCUGCGCUUGUAUGCACCAUAGGAUUUACAGUAGUUUUUUCAAUUCCUGGUGGAUAUGAUCAAAACAACGGAUUACCUAUACUCCUCCAAGACAGACAUUUCAUUGCUUUUAUAGUAAUGGAUGCCAUAUCCUUUAUCUUGUCUACAAGUUCGAUCCUCACAUUCCUAUCCAUCGUCCUUUCUCGUCACCAACGGAACACCGAAUUAAUGCUUCAAAAAUGGGUGAUUGGUCACUUAGCACUUUUGACCUCUAUACUUGCCAUAGUCGUUGCUUUUGGUAUCAGCUUUUUCAUUCUAUAUCGUAGCGCAUAUAAAAGCACAGUGCCAUUCAUAGUCUACCCAAGUGUUAUCAUACUGGUGUGUUUAUACGUCCCUGUGUACUUCUCUCUUUACACGGACGCGAUUAAGGCAAUAUAUAGUCGCAGGUAUCUCUUUAGGGCAAAACAUAUGCUCUACCGUAAAAUCUAAAGGUCUAAAUGUUUUUGUUAAGAUUAGAUUUGAAUUUGAAGUUCCAUGAGAAGAUAAUUCUCAUGGUCAUCUGUUACCAAUUUACUGAUGUUUAUGCGAAUAUUAUUUAUUUUUAUUUCUUUUGUAAGUUUGUAUGUGUUGGGGUACUCGUGCUAUCAAUGCAGAUUCUCCUUGUAUUUUUUAUCUUGGUUCUUCGAUUUAUCUACUAAUUUCA